CCGGCGAAUGCCCCGCCGCUCGACAUUCCAUCCAAGAUACCUUCAUCAACAUCACCAGCGCUGUUACCGUACACCUACAUCUUCUCCCUUCAAAACUCCCAUUCGCCUGGCAUUUCCUCUCCCCAAACCUCACCAGGUCUACCCUCUCCUCCCAAUUCCAAUCCACCCUCCCAAUGGAGCUCCUCGACCCCGCCACCGGCAACGCCCUCCCCAACGACGCCAUCCAGCGCAUCCUCUUCGUCGCCAACGCCGUCCACGUCUACAACAUCCCGCCGCUGACCUCUACCAAGGGCCACAACGCCGCCGGCUGGACCGCAGACCCAAAGCGCCACAUCUUCACCGCCCGCCUGCGCAUCGUCGAGACCGCCUACGAGUCCCCCGACGCCGCCAGCAAGCUCAAGGUCGACGCCAUCCUCGAGGACUCCUCCACCGGUCAGCUGUUCGCCGCUGCGCCCUAUACCGCCCCCGCCGUCGUCGAGCCGGUUCUGGACAGCAGCCGCUUCUUCGCCCUGACGGUGCGGGAUCCCCAGGGCCGUCGUGCCAUCCUGGGAAUCGGCUUCGAGGAGCGCAGCGAGGCCUUUGACCUGUCCAUUGCCCUGCAGGAAGCCCGCAAGGCCCUCGGCUGGGAGGGCGAGCAGAGCAAGCCGGCCGCGGCCAAGGAGCAGGAAGAGAAGCGCGACUACAGCCUCAAGGAGGGCGAGACCAUCACCGUCAGCUUCGGCGGCUCCAAGUUCGGCCGGCGCAAGGCCCAGGCCGGGUCGUCAAGCUCCGGCUCUGGCUCCGGCGCCGCCAGCCUUCAGUCCUUUGCGCUGCCUCCACCUCCCCCGGGACCCUCCGGCGGCGGCUUCUCGUUGCCGCCCCCGCCGAGCGCCCAGAGUGUCAAGAAGCAGCAGCAGUCGGCCAAGGAUCUCGGCUUCGACGAUGGUCAGUUUGGAGAGUUUGCGUAGAAUGAGCAAUUAUCACGUCCAUGAAAGACGGACGCAGCGUACAUAUUCAAAAGAUACCGGAUGCCCCAAUGACCGGAUUCGGGGGUUGGCACGUUCAUAAUGCGAUAUUGAUGU